AAAGGUAUUGUGAGGUUAUGAAAAAAUUACGCCUAACUUCAGUUGAGUUUACAUUUUUAUUGGUUAUAUUAAUCUUUUAUAAUGGGAUACACUUCAAAAAAGUAUCAAGAAAAAAUAACAGAAAUUCAAAACCACUUUAAAACUCAUAACAAAUACAAAGAACAUGUAGGACAUUCUUCUAAAGUUCAUUCAGUUGGAUGGAGUUGUGAUGGCAAAAGAUUAGCGUCGGGUUCGUUUGAUAAAUCAGUUUGUGUGUAUACUUUAGAGAGAGAAAGAUUGAAUAAAGAACAUGUGUUCAAAGGCCAUGGAGGUUCAGUGGACCAGUUGUGUUGGCAUCAAAGUCAUCCAGAUUUACUUAGUACAGCAAGUGGAGACAAAUCUGUCAGAAUUUGGGAUACAAGAAUGCAAAAAUGUGUUACAACAAUUAAUACAAAAGGUGAAAAUAUUAACAUUACUUGGUCACCAAAUGGUAAUUCUAUAGCAGUUGGAAACAAGGAGGAUUUGAUUACUUUUAUAGAUGCUAGGAUGCACAAGAUUGAAGCUGAAGAACAGUUUCAUUUUGAAGUGAAUGAAAUUUCUUGGAAUAAUACAAGUGAUUUGUUCUUCUUGACAAAUGGCCAAGGUUGUGUUCAUAUAUUAAGUUAUCCUGAUUUAAAACGACAGCAUAUUUUGAAAGCACAUCCAGGGACUUGUAUUUGUAUUGAAUUUGAUCCAACUGGAAAGUAUUUUGCUACUGGUAGUGCUGAUGCAUUGGUGUCAUUAUGGGAUAUUAAUGAAUUAGCAUGUAAAAGGGUUUUUACAAGAAUGGAUUGGCCAGUGAGGACCAUAUCUUUUAGCUAUGAUGGACAGUUAAUAGCUUCAGCAUCUGAAGAUUUAUCAAUAGAUGUUGCUUUUGUAGAAACUGGUGAUAAAGUUGCUGAUAUUUCUGUAGAAGCUGCCACAUUUACAGUAGCUUGGCAUCCAUCUGCUUACUUAUUAGCUUAUGCUUGUGAUGAUAAGGAUAGUUAUGAUAGGAAAAGAGAUGCAGGAACUUUAAAAAAUGAAUCGGUAAGUGAAAAUAUCUCGAUCAGUUAUGAUGGACAGUUAAUAGCUUUUGUAUCUGAAGAUGUACUAAUUGAUGUUGCUUUCGUGGAAUCGGUUCAUAAAAUUGCUGAUAUUUCUGUAAAACCUGUUGCGUUUGUAGUUGCUUGGCAUCCAUUAACUUACUUAUUAGCUUAUGCUUGUAAUUAUAUAGAUGUAUCAACAACAUGGAUGAAGGAACCUUGAAAAUACGGGGAUUUUCUAAUAUUUAAUGAAUUUCUAUUUUGUAAAAUUCAAUUUGUAAUAUAAAAUCACGUUUUUACUUUAAUAAAUUUGAGGGUGUUUCCA